AUGCCUCGCCUCAGUAGUAUCGCACUUAUUGCAGCGUCCGCCGUCGCCGUCUCGGUUGUGCCAGUCACAAUAGCCUUCCAGCUAGGUAGUGGAGGCCGCGUGAUGUGGGAAAACAACUGCAAUUUCAGCGGAAAUGAUUACCGCUGGAUGACGGCUAUCCCGGCUGUGUGUGGUGAUGUCUGUGCCAGCGACUCAAAAUGCACGCACUGGACCUGGAACAACAGCAACGGCGGUACUUGCUGGUUCAAGACGGGCUCUCGGUCGGCCAAAACUGCCAAGUGGGGCACGAAUUGCGGCUACGUGGUGUCUCGCAACUCUGUCGUGCAAGUCCAAGCCCAGACUCAGACCCAGGCUCAAGCACCAGCUCAGAUUCAAACACAAGUUAGUUCCAGUAGCGGGCUCUCCUCCGCCGAGAUGAGUGAGAUGCUUAGCCGGAUCAACGCUUAUCGUGCUCUGAAUGGUCUUGGUGCGCUCACUAUUGACAACCGGUUAAUUGCUGCGGCCAUGCUGCACUCGAAGGAUCAAGCUAACCAUUGCACCAUGACACACACGGGCUCGAAUGGCUCAAAACUGGGCGACCGCAUUAAGGCGCAAAGCUACAGCUUCGCAAUGGUGGCGGAGAACGUGGCCGCCGGUCAGAAUACCGUAGAGUCCGUGAUGACCGCGUGGUGGAAUUCGCCCGGUCACCGUGCCAACCUGCUUAACAAGGACGCGCAGAACGUCGGCUUUGCCAAGGUCGUGAACAACGCCUGCGACAGCUACGAUAUCUACUGGACGCAGGACUUCGGUCGCCUCGGAUAA